AUGUAAUAAAAUAAGUUAUUGCAGACCAUAUAGCAUAUUUAUAAUUUGAAGAAUCCUCUUUUUAGAGAAAAAAUAAUUAUGCUUUGUUUGGUUUAUGUAUCUGAAAAUAAAUUAGAAUUCCCAGUCAAAGUACUACUUGAAUAAUUACCAUUUCAAUUUGAUGAAUUACUAUAUGAUUACAUUAAGAAUUUGAACUCAGAGGAUCCCUUCACAUUAUCAAAGGCUUUUGAUUUAUUGACACACAAAUCCAUGUAAAACAUAUUAGAUAGAAAUACAUAUAUUAAAUACGAAAUACAGUUGCUAAAAUAUAUUGCUUAACAAUAUAAGGUCUAAUAAAAUUAUCAUGUGGCUGUUAAAACAAUUAAAUAUGUUUUAGAAUUAGAAUACAAAUUAGAACCCAGAGAUUCUAUUAGUAUUGUCUCUAGUCAAAUGAGUUUAGUAACAAUUUUAUCUAACUCUGGUCAACAUACAUAAGCUUUAAAUGAAUUGAAUUCAAUACAACAUUUCAUCAAUCAAAUUCAUGAUUAAAAGCCAUUUCUUAAACUAAUUUGCAUUAUGUACUAUAAUUAUGGUGUAGAGUGGGAACAUUUAGGAUAAUUAUUUUAAUCUCAAAUUAAUCUCUCUUAAGCACUUGAAAUUGCUAAGACUAAUAAAUUCGAUGAACUCCUACGAAUUAUAGAAUAAGCCAUAGAAAACAUAAAAAAAUCUAAAUGA